AUGGCACUUAAAAGAAUAACAAAAGAAUUACAAGAUUUGAAUAAAGAUCCCCCUACAAAUUGUUCAGCGGGUCCUAUUGGUGACGAUUUAUUUUUUUGGCAAGCAACAAUUAUGGGACCAGGAGAUAGUCCUUAUGAAAAUGGAGUUUAUUUUUUGAAUAUCAAAUUUCCUCCUGACUAUCCCUUUAAACCACCAAAAAUAAUUUUUACAACCAAGAUAUAUCACCCAAAUAUAAAUACAGCAGGAGCAAUAUGUCUUGACAUUUUAAAAGACCAAUGGAGUCCAGCCCUAACUAUAUCAAAAGUUUUACUUUCAAUUUCCUCUUUACUAACAGACCCCAAUGCAGAUGACCCAUUAGUUCCAGAGAUAGCUCACGUUUAUAAAACUGAUCGAACAAAAUAUCACCAAACUGCUAAAGCUUGGACACAAAAAUAUGCACAAUAA